AUGGGGCAGUCCGGCGCGGCGGGGGCGAGGACGACGCAGUUCGACAUGGAGGCGGUGCCGACGAGGCGGGCGACCCGGCGAAUGGCAGCGAGGGCGAUCCAGUGGCAGCGGGGCACCGGCGUGAGGCGGGGAGACACGAAUAGUACUGAUACACAACAGAAUAUAUUAGAGAGAGAUUCAGGUGUUCCUGUUCUUGAAACAGAGAGCAGCAAGAGGAGUGCAGUAGCAGUAGGGACAAGGGAGAGGUUCAGAGCAGAGCUUCAGCAAGUGAGGAGCGGCAGGGGACGCUGGAGAAGAAGAGCAGCAGCAAAGGGAUCAAAGAAGAAGCAACAAGCAGCGGAGGGAAGGAAAAGCAGCAGCAGGGAGGCGCAAGGAAGAGCAGCAGCAGAGAUGAGAGGGAAGAGCAGCAGCGUGGUAAGGAGCAGCGAGGUGAAGGAGAAGAAAGAAGAGGAGGUAGCAGAUGCAGGUUCAGGAAAGAAGAAGGGCAGCGGGGAUGCUGGAAGAAGGUUAGGAGAAGAAGAAAGGUUGAGGAGCAGCAGGGAUAUGGAUGGGCGGCGGCGCGAGGUGAUGAGGCGGCGCUGUGGAUGGUGGUGGAUGGAGGCGCAGGGUGAUGGUGGAGGUGUUGGUGGCGCGCUGGGGUGCGGUGGUGCUGGUGAUGGAUGGCGCGGAGGCGCACCACCACGUCGGCCUGGCCAUGGCGGCGGCCGGAGGUGA